AUGUCCGUACCUUCGCAUUCCCCGCCGCCGCCGCCGCCCUGCAUCCACUACUCUCAUCCCUUGGGAUGGAGGGAGGGAGAGAGAGUUCCGAGCACAGCCUUGUCAUUCGCGGUACUGGCCGUGGUCGCGCUCGCACUCUGUUACUUCUCGUUCUCACAAUUCUCGUCGAGUUCGUAUGCGACAUCACUCAACCCGAAUGUCGCUGGAGGGGCAGGAGGAGGAGGAGGAGGAGGAGGAGGAAAGGGGCCGGUGGACGUGGUGGUGGACGCGGUGGUGGGCGAGGUGGACGAGAGCCUCCAGGGCGCUCACCAGCAACUGGCGGCGAACUCGGUGUUGCAGCCCGGCAAUGUGCCCGGAACUCCCAACAUGCUGUCGGCCGAAGAGAAGAAGCGGAUAGAACAGGAGGCGAAGAAGAAGGAAGAAGAGAGGAAGAAGAAGGAGGCUGCCGAGUCCAAGCGGAAGAAGGAGGAGGCUCAGCAGAAAGCUUUGGCCGAAUACAAGAAGAUCAAGGUUCGCCUUGGGAGCUUCUCGGUCCCAGCGGACAUGGUGCACACCCCCGACGGCCCCAAGCCGGACGAGAUCGUCCUGCUCGCCGCAUCGGACGGUAAAGGUCACAACGGCGGAAUCGAGAACAUCCUCGAAGACAUCACGCCCAACCGCCAGGAAUACGCCGAUCGCCACGGCUACCACUAUCAGUUCCUCAACAUCUCCAAGUACGACAUCGGCAGCGCACACCCGGUAUGGGCCAAGCUUCCGGCCAUCGUCGAGACUUUCAACCUGUAUCCGCAGGCAAAAUGGAUCUGGUGGCUGGAUCUGGAUGCAAUCAUUAUGACACCGGACAUAGACCUGCGGAGCCAUCUCCUCUCCCACGAAGCGAUCUUGAAAAAUGCCCAAUUGGACGUCGAGAUGAACAGGUCCGGCGGAGGCCUUUCCGGCUCCAGGACGCUCAAGACCAUCAACCCCAACAACGUCGAUCUGAUCGUCUCGCAGGACCCGAACGGCGUGAACGCGGGGAGCUUCCUGAUCCGCCGGAGCGAGUUCACCCGCAUGUUCGUCGACAUGUGGUCCGAUCCCAUGUUUGUCCGCGAGAACUGGAUCGCGCAGGAGCAGGAUGCUAUGAUGCAUCUGAUCAAGGAACAUGAAGUGGUCCGCGAGCACAUGGCGCUGUUCCCGCAAACCCUCAUCAACUCGUACCCGCUCAGGAAUGUCCCCAUCAUGAGCUGGGAGAAGGGACAGCUCGUGAUACAUUUCGCCGGCUGCUGGGUCGAGAACACGUGCAACGAGCAGUGGAAGGAGUUCAUGGCACUGCGGACGCCGCUGACGCCGCUUACUCCGCUCAGCAAGGCCGCGCCGCCGUCCAAUUAG